UUAUUUUCUAACGCGACUGAACAUUUCAAGACUUACUCUAAAUAUGUAGAAACCUCAGCCGAUUACUUGAGCUUUCCCAGUUUUGAAUCGGUCAGUAAAAUUGCUGCUGCUCGUAAAAAGUUGAGAUGUGUUUGGGUUUUGGGUGGCAUGGGUGGUUGUACCUGGUGAGUCAGAGCCAUUUGUUUGCUCUCCCACACGAGACAGAGGAGGGUGGGAGGGUUGGAGUGGACAUUGAAAAGAGACGCUCACUCAGAGAAGAUCCCACUUGGACAGGAGCUGCCGUAGCGCGUCCUCCUCUCACAGACAGGACGCAGAAACUGGACGGUAGAGAGAGCUUUAAGAGUCAGCUGAUCAGGAGAAGUCAGGAUGGACGGCAGCAACACGCUGGAUGGGACUAACUGGUCAUGAUUGUCACACAAGGAAGAUCUGUGUGCACUGCAAGUGUGUGCGGGAGGAGCAUGCGGUGCGGUCGGUGCCAGGGCAGCUGGAAAAGAUGAUGACUAAGUUGGUGUCGGACUUCCAGAGGCACUCCAUCUCCGACGACGACUCGGGAUGCGCCUCCGAGGAAUACGCUUGGGUCCCACCUGGGCUCAAGCCUGAACAGGUGUACCAGUAUUUCAGCUGCUUGCCAGAAGACAGGGUGCCUUACGUGAACAGUUUGGGGGAGAGAUACAGAAUCAAACAGCUGCUGCACCAGCUUCCGGCUCACGACAGCGAGCCUCAGUACUGCAACUCUUUGAAUGACGAGGAGAAGAAAGAACUUCGUUCUUUCAGCCAGCAGAGAAAACGAGAUAACUUGGGCAGAGGCAUCGUCAGACCUUUCCCUGUUACCAUGACCGGAGCCAUCUGCCAGCAGUGUGGCAGACAGAUCUGUGGCGGAGACAUAGCUGUGUUUGCCAGCCGGGCAGGUCACGGCAGCUGCUGGCAUCCCCAGUGUUUCCAGUGCUCGUCCUGCAGCGAGCUGCUGGUCGACCUGAUCUACUUCUUCCAGGACGGGCAGAUCUACUGCGGCCGGCACCACGCCGAGAGGCUGAAGCCCCGCUGCCAGGCCUGCGAUGAGAUCAUUCUAGCAGACGAGUGUACGGAGGCAGAAGGAAGGUACUGGCACAUGAAGCACUUCUGCUGCUUUGAGUGUGAGGCGGCGCUGGGCGGUCAGCGCUACAUCAUGAGGGAGAGCCGACCGUACUGCUGCUCCUGCUACGAAUCUCUGUAUGCAGAAUACUGCGACACCUGCGGAGAGUCAAUAGGUAUCGAUCAAGGCCAGAUGACGUACGAGGGUCAGCACUGGCACGCGGUGGAGUCGUGUUUCUGCUGCGCCCGCUGUCGGCUGCCUCUGCUCGGCCGGCCCUUCCUCCCACGCGGGGGCCUCAUCUUCUGCUCCAGGUCCUGCUCCCUGGGCGACGACCCCGACAACUCGGACUCCUGUGACUCGGCGCUGCAGAGCAGGUCUCCCCAUCACGGCAGGCAGUGGGGGAAGCCGGAGAGGAUGCACUGCAGUUCCCCUCUGCAGCCACUAGAGGGGGUCAAACACUCUCCUGCACAGGACUGCAUUCACACUGCAGUGGAGAAUAGAGGGCUUCACUGCAGCGCUCCAGUUCAGAAUGGGGUUCCAUCACACACCAGCCAUCCUCAUCCAAGAGGCUCCUACUCGCCUCUGCCUCACAUUCACCUGGGAAACGGCUGGCCCAGCGACGUUCCACAUUACAGUCUGCUGCCAGGGGACAGCAGCGUCAAACCGCCAGCCACUGGUGUCCAGUUGCAGGAGGAGCUGAAUGGAAAUACUGGAGUAACUGGUCGUAAUUCAAGAGGAACCUCCACCAACAAAGACUGCAGGAACUGGGUGGAAAAGACAAAUCAGGCAAUGCAAGACACGCCGCCUCCGUCAUCAGACAGCUCCCCCGUCCUCCCGCCUCCUCUGCCCGUUAAGUCCCGGGACCUGAUGCCGCGGGACUCGCCCCCUCUGUCCCCGUCCCGUCUGUCCCGGUCCCAUCGGAAGGACCAGCCCCCCGAGUCGCCUCCUCCGCUGACACGCAGCGGCCAAGCCAGAGUCAGCUUCAGGGAGCCGAUCAGCAGCAGCUACUCUGUGGAGGAAGACGACGAGGAGGAGGAGGAACAGGAUGAGGAGGAAGAGAGGCUUCAAGUCACCGUGGAAACCAAGCAGACCGAGGAUGACGAUGGUGAGGUGGGGGGUUUUGGAAGCAGGUUGCAUCUUCAGAGAGGCAUCCCACCACAGAUGGAUCUACUGGACGGCUCCUCGUAUCAUCGUCAUCACCUGAAGCGCGGUUGGGGCCGCUCCCGUACGUCCUCGGACCCCGUCCUCCCUCCGGGUUUGGAGCGGCGCCGGUCCGACAGACCCCGACUCGACACUCUGGACUUGAGGGCCGAGAGCCGGAGAGACGCACGCAGCUCCUGCAGCAUCCCCUCCCUGAGCCUCCAGCAGGGACCCUACAAACACGAGGACUGCUGCUCCACCUGCUCCUCCUCCUCCGAGUCCGAGGAGGAAGGCUUCUUUCUGGGGCAGCGGAUCCCUCUGCCGCCGCAGCUUCGGCAGCCCGACAACAGCCCGGCCGGGCGGGCCGAGGAAGUUCUGGAGGAGCAGAGAGACCGCGGCCUGAGAGGCAGCAUCCGGCGGAGACGAGCUCAGGGCGCAAAGGAGAAAGAUAAAAACUGCGCCGUGUCCUGAAGCUGACGGCGUAAACUACGGACCGUUCUUCCUCCUUCACUGCUAAAACACAAAAUAUGACCAAGUAUUUCUGCUCUAGUUUCUAACGCAGAUGUCUGAGUAAACUUCAAGUAAGACAAAACUGACUUACAAGUAGCUUUUCAGCAAAAUACCGGGGCUUGAUCUAAUCAAUAAUUCAAAGAUACAUUUUUUUCCACUUCAGAUAUUGAUACAGAUAUGGGUCGUUUAGUAUCGAUUGAUACAGAAAAGCAGGACUGAAUUGACUUGCAACGUUUUUCACACCUGAUAAUCUGGGUGAUUGUUAUAUUUUCAGCUGCUGUGGUUUGAUUUCACGGUGGACUGUGUCAAACAAACCAAACCCUGUUGUUUGGUUUGUUCCCCUCCUCACCUGUGGGGGCGCUGCAACAGGAACUACCGAAGGAAACAACGCAAAAACCUCUGAAGAAAACACCCAGUAUAACUUCCUCCUUCUUGCUACACAAAGAUUGAGUGGCAUCAGAUUUUAGCAGCUGUAGGUUUUCUGUUUUUGUCUUUGGUAAAAGACCACAAGUCAUUUCUCCCACCAGCAUUAGACUGGAUUUAUUUUGGUUAUAUUACCCAGAAUUCCCUGUGCUGUUGUAUGCUUCCUGCUUUUGGAGUGGUUUCUGGCCUGCUUGCAUUCAUCAAUCAACUGGGAUAAAAACCAACGUAAAAUAAACGACAAAGAAACCGAAACUGACCAAAACUAUAAGUUGACGACUUUGGUCAAACGUAAAAAUAAACUGUAACAAACCUUCCAAAUGGUUCAGAAAGUGCAAUUAAUAAUUCUAAUAAAUAUAAUGUAAAAAAAAAAUUGUAAUGCAUAGAAUUAGAAUGAAUAGAUCUGCCCUAAUAGACAUAAUAUCUAGUCUAGAUUUGUUUCUUCAAUAACGGGACUGAUACAGAUUUUAAUGUAGAUCGCUCCAUAUUAAGAAAUUAUUGACUUAAAACAAACUCCUGUAUCUUGCUGAAAACUGCUUGUAAGUUUGUUUUGUUGUAUUUCCAGUGUAUGAAGAUAUUUGCACUAGAAACUCGACCUGAAAUACUUUGUUGUGAUUUUGCAGGGUGGUUUCUAAGGAGGAUGUGUCAAACCACAGCCUGUCUGCUGACACAGUGAGGGAAACGGAUUACACCUCAGAGCCUCAUGCUUCUGCUGCUGGUCUUUAUGUGACGUUACGCUUCAAAAACACAACCAAACACAACAUCUUACCGCAUAUUUCAGGUGAACUUUCUAGAGCGAAUGUUUUAGUACACUAGAAACAAGUUUAACUAACUUUGAAGUAAACUUUCACCAAGAAAUAGGAGCUUGUUUUGAGUAAAUAAUUCCUGAAAAUUUAUUGAUUUUCACUAACAAAACAUUUUUCCUGUUAUUAGAGAAAUAAUCUGCCAGUAGAACUUUUUUAUCAAUUUUAAUUCAUUAUGGACUUAAAAAAUUCUCCUAUAUUUUGCUAAAAAGUUACUUUGAGUUAGUUUUGUCUUCAUGUGUACUAAGAUAUUUACAAUAGAAACUAGACCAAAGAUACUUUAGACUUUGUGUUUUUGCAGUGGACAUACACAUACAAAGCCUAUAAAUAAAUUAAUCUUUUUCUGAAGCUGGAUCACUUUAAAUGAGAAUAUUUAUGAAAAACAAGCACAGUUAUAGUUAAUUUAGUCAGUUUUGAAAAAAAAUCUCAUGUCAAGAAAUAAUUAUUUUGAAUUUGUGUUCAACCCUCUUGGCCAACAGGAUCAACGUCUGCUCUUUAUAGGUCUUUAAAAAGUCUUAAAUUCUAAAAUGAAGGCCUUUAAAAGUCUUGAAUUCCAACAUAAAGGCCGUAAAAAGUCUUAAAUUCAUACAAGUAGUAAGUUGGCUUUAAAUAUUUUGGCAGGACAGUUUAUUUAAGUUAGAUUCGAUGCAACUGCAAUAAAAGAUUAAUUUAUUUUAAGGCUUUGAUGCAUCUUUACCAGUCGGUGGGAAAAUGUGAAUGAAACCUGUGGGUGGUGAAUGUGAAGUGACCAUUUGUUAUAAAGACAGACCACAGUGACGCAUUACUGCUCUUUAACGUUACAUUUAGUUGCAUAACAAACCUCUUUCAUCUGUUUUUAACCAAAUAUGGGCAGACUAAAUUUCCCCACUUGUUCUAAAGCACAUAAAAGUGAACAAACACAAAGUUAUUUAAUAUUAGUUUUGACUGUACAGAUAGAAAAAUACCUGUUUGUAAUUCCAGUCUGAACCAGUUAAUGCUGUCUGUGUAUUUCCAGCAUUUUAUUGCACUUUCUGAAAGGCAUUUUUUUAUUGCUAAGGCCACAAACUAACAUUAGGAUCAUGAAAGAGGUUUGAUCAUAAAUGAGGCCUUUCCUCCUCUGUGUGUUCUCAGUUUUUAUGCAGCACACAUGAGUCAGCUAAGAGAGGAAAAAAAGACACUUUAUCACCCUGCUGAGAUGUUUUCCUGCAUUUAAAAUACCACUGCAUGUGGCAAAAGGUCAAAAGGCUGCACAUUUUUGAAAGAAAUAUCUCAAAAUGUGCUCUCUGGAAACGAUUACAUGAAUUAAUUUUCCCUAAUAAUGCUUUGGAUGUCUAAAAACGCCUCAGUGGGGAUCUGCAGUUUGGUUUCUCACCCACAUGCUGACAUAUAAAUAUUUUACCUGCUGUGCCAACAUUAUCUUACACUCUGAGCUACAAAUUAAACUAAAAUUCCCUUCAAGAAACUUAAAAAAAGAAAAAGUCUCUUGUCUUUGAAAGUUUAUUUAUUUUUAUAUGUACUUUGUAGACCACUGUUCAUUGUAUAAAGUGAAGUGAAAGACACGUUGACACUCGGCUGUUUUUCUGUGAUUAAAUUUGACUAAAACUUUU